GUGAGGUGGUAGGAUGGGGCAGGGAGUCUGUCUAUCCAGAGUGGGGCUGCAGUGAGAUAGAUACUGCAGCACCUGCUGCAUUCAGUCCCCUGGCAUUGCUCUAGUGGGUAAAAGAAAGGGAAGCCGAAGGGUGGGGAGGGGGAGGGAGGGAGAUUAGAAGGGAGGGAAUAGGGUCUGCAGAUAUUGUCUGGUAUGGUUAUAAUAAUAGCAACACUUCUUCCUGUGAGGCUGGAUUCCUCAUAUCUGUUGGGGAUUGUUGCUAUUGAUUUUCUCUUCCUUGUCAAUUUCAUUGUGUUGGCAAGAGCCAACGGGAUAUGGAUCUCCCCUGAAGUUAAAUCCUUUUGUCUCUUACCAAAUCCCUAUCCCGAGACCUCUCCAGAAACAGUUUCAUGUAAGAGUAGGGUCCUGAGUUUGGUUCAAGAAUUAUUAUUAUUAAUUAUUCAUUUCCCACUGCUGGGAAUUCAGGGAUGGUAUGGUUAGGAUUUGGGGUGGGUGGGAGAGAAAAGACCAGUGGCAUAAAAUAUUCAUUCUCUGUUCUAGGGGAGUUUAAGGUUAUGCUCUGGGGUCGGUGUUCCCCUUAGCUCUGGCUGAGCUGGGAGACUCCCCCGCCUCUUCCCCAGAGCCAGGUAACAAUGGUGGCGCUGGGGCGCAGGGAACUUGCUCUGUAUGCGCCGCAUGUGGGACUGCAGAGCCGGCAAGAUGUCUCGGUUUUUUCGCCCCGGCCCCCCCUCGCCCCCGAGCCUCCAGCUUUUCCAUAAUCUGGCAAAAUGGAGGCUCCGGCUGCUGAUCCAGAAGGGCAACGUCACACCUCCUGAGGACGACGGGGAGGACACUGGGUUUCGCUGAGGUUUGCAUCUUACCGCCGUCAAAGCGGAGGCUCCAGACACGAGCUGGGCUGCCCCGGAGCCAAGGACCACACUGGCCAGGCUUCCUCUACAGUCAAACGCCAGGGCUCACCUCCGGGAGCCGAAGCCUGCUCUCUUGCCCAGAAUGACUCACCAUUCUUCCUGACUCGGGUGCUAGGACAAUAUGGGGAGCUCAGCUGUCUGUUUGUGUAUCUAGGAUUCCCCCAGAGUCUCAGCGGCUUGGUUACUAAGAGACCUCCCUGAUUCCAGCUCCUCCAGCCAAGCCAAGCAGGAGCUCUUUGGUGUGCAGAGCUCCCUCAAUGCUCUCAUGUUCAAACCCAGGCUGAUACUCCUGCUUUUCUGCGGGACAUUAGCAUUGUCCUGAAAGCUCUCCCCUGGGACGGCUGGAAGGUGUAGAGCCAGGAGCCCUCCCCAGCCCCCAUUAUGACAGUGGCCACUGGAGACCCAGCAGAUGAAGCUGCCGCCCUCCCUGGGCACCCCCAGGACACCUACGACCCCGAGGCAGACCAUGAGUGCUGUGAGAGGGUAGUAAUUAACAUCUCGGGUUUGCGGUUUGAGACACAGCUCAAGACUUUGGCCCAGUUUCCAGAGACCCUCUUGGGGGACCCUAAGAAGCGAAUGAGGUACUUUGAUCCACUCCGAAAUGAAUACUUUUUUGACAGGAACCGCCCUAGCUUUGAUGCCAUCUUAUAUUACUACCAGUCUGGGGGCCGUUUAAGGCGCCCUGUGAAUGUCCCCUUGGAUAUCUUCUCAGAAGAAAUCCGUUUUUAUGAACUGGGUGAGGAGGCGAUGGAGAUGUUCCGAGAGGAUGAAGGCUACAUCAAGGAGGAAGAGCGUCCUUUACCAGAAAAUGAGUUUCAGAGACAGGUGUGGCUUCUAUUUGAAUACCCAGAGAGCUCUGGGCCAGCCAGGAUUAUAGCUAUUGUGUCUGUCAUGGUGAUUUUGAUCUCCAUUGUGAGUUUCUGUCUUGAAACUUUGCCCAUUUUUCGGGAUGAGAAUGAAGAUAUGGCUGGUGGUGGGAUUCCUUUCCAUACCUACUCUAACAGCACCAUUGGGUACCAACAGUCCACUUCCUUCACUGACCCUUUCUUCAUUGUGGAGACACUAUGCAUCAUCUGGUUCUCCUUUGAGUUCCUAGUCAGGUUCUUUGCCUGUCCCAGCAAAGCCGGUUUCUUCACCAACAUCAUGAACAUCAUUGACAUCGUGGCCAUCAUCCCGUACUUCAUCACCCUUGGGACCGAGCUGGCAGAGAAGACAGACGAUGCCCAGCAAGGCCAGCAGGCAAUGUCACUGGCUAUCCUUCGUGUGAUCCGGUUGGUAAGAGUCUUUAGGAUUUUCAAGCUGUCCAGACACUCCAAAGGGCUCCAGAUCCUAGGUCAGACCCUCAAGGCCAGCAUGAGAGAAUUGGGCCUCCUCAUAUUCUUCCUAUUCAUCGGGGUCAUUCUCUUCUCUAGUGCUGUCUAUUUCGCAGAGGCAGAUGAGCGAGAUUCCCAGUUCCCUAGUAUCCCUGAUGCCUUCUGGUGGGCAGUCGUCUCCAUGACAACAGUAGGCUACGGAGACAUGGUCCCCACCACCAUUGGGGGAAAGAUUGUGGGUUCCCUUUGUGCAAUUGCAGGUGUCUUAACUAUUGCCUUACCAGUCCCUGUCAUAGUGUCCAAUUUCAACUACUUCUACCACCGGGAGACAGAGGGAGAGGAGCAGGCCCAGUACUUACAAGUGACCAGCUGUCCAAAGAUCCCAUCUUCCCCUGACCUAAAGAAAAGUAGGAGUGCCUCCACCAUUAGUAAGUCUGAUUACAUGGAAAUCCAGGAAGGGGUGAACAACAGUAAUGAGGACUUUAGAGAGGAAAACUUGAAAACAGCCAACUGUACCCUGGCUAACACAAAUUAUGUGAAUAUUACCAAAAUGUUAACCGAUGUCUGAUUGAAACCUAUUAGCA